AAGUUUGUGGAGAUUUUCUUAAAAGAAAAAAAGGGGGAAAGGGUUGUGUGUUGAUCUUUAAAUAUGCUUUGUCAUUUUACACAGAGACUGCUGCAGGUUAGCCGGUUAAUUUCUCAUCUCACUCCACUGAUUUCAAAGAAUACUAUUAAUCAUGCAAAUGGAACAUGACUGUGUGUUGUCACUGCUCAGUGCACUCUUGUAAAUUAAAGUUAUGAUACCAAGAAAGCUUUUUUUUUUCAAUUAUCCUUAGUAAUUAGUGUGUUUUUCAACACAACCGUCUUAUAUAACUAAUUCUGAUAUUCCAUGUUGUCUCCAUUGGCCUGCCUGGCCCUGCUGUCAUCUGGCAUUGCCAGACCUCAUAGCCAUGACCUCAGUAGCAUCAUAGCAUAGCCUUUUUAAGUCAAUGAAAGGACUCCUGUCUACCAAACAGGCCAUGCUUUUUUUGCCAAGUAAGUUCAGAAAACUCUGGAGAGGCAUUUGACUGCUCAUGUGGAAGCCAGCUCCAGUCAUGUGCUAGUCCUUCUCUGAUCAGCACCUAAUGACCGGGGAGUUAUGACUCCCCGUUAAGCCUGUGUGAUGGUCUUGCAGCCUCAGACUGAAAACAUCAGCUUAGGGGGAAAAAUGUCACCUUUUUCUUUUAGUUAACUCACCCUGUAAGAAUUCACUUAGUUAAACCCAGAUGCUUCUAAACCCUCAUGGUCUGGUACAUGAUAUAUGAAAACCAGCAAAGCAUUGUACUGUGAGUUCAACUCUGUAGCAGGUUCAGCACAGCUGCACAAUGGUCGACUGGGACUAUGACUAUCUGAUCAAACUGCUGGCACUGGGAGACUCAGGGGUGGGAAAGACCACCUUUCUGUACAGGUACACGGACAACAAGUUCAACCGCAAGUUCACAACCACAGUGGGCAUAGACUUCCGGGAAAAGAGAGUGGUAUACUUGGGAACGGGUGCCGACGGGACGACCGAGAGAAACUUCAGAGUCCAUCUUCAGCUCUGGGACACAGCAGGUCAAGAGAGGUUCCGCAGCCUCACUACAGCUUUCUUCCGUGAUGCCAUGGGAUUCUUGCUAAUGUUCGACUUGACCAAUCAGCAAAGUUUCCUUAACGUCAGGAACUGGAUGAGUCAGCUACAGGCCAACGCGUACUGUGACUGCCCAGAUGUGGUGUUGGUGGGCACCAAGGCAGACCUGAAAGACACGAGGAAUGUCCACACCAGACAGGCCCGAGAUCUGGCAGACAGAUAUGGCAUCCCCUACUUUGAGACAAGCGCAAUGACGGGCGUCGACGUGGACCAGGCAGUGACCACGCUGAUGAACCUGGUGAUGAAGAGGAUGGAACAGAGCACAUAUGGGGCACAGAGCUCUGAACCCAACGGCAGCCACACUGCCAGCCAUGAGGUGGAGGAGGCCCCUGUCAGGAGGAGGUGCGCCUGCUGAUGUUUCUACCACUGAACAUGUGGAAGGAGCACAUUUUUAAAUUUGUAUAAAAUAGGUGAACUUAUAGUCAUUGAAAAGCGAAGAAACAUUUGGUUCAUUUUAAAACAGUAACAGCUUCUACUGAAGAAAAGACUAAACUGUCCAUUUGUAUGUUUUUUUAUGUAUAUAUUAAUGGAAAUCAUCUAGAAUUACAAGGUAAAUCAUUAUUUCCUCAUACUGUCUGUUCUAUUCUUUAUGUGACCGACACAAGUACAAAGGAAGUCAUUUUCAGUUUCUUUAUUGAAAAACUUUGUUGGAUUUAGUCAUUUGCCAGAAAGUUGAAGACAAACUGGAAGCAGACCAUUUAACAGGGAAUUGCUGUAGGAUAACAAUGUCAAAGAUAACUUUUCUCUAUGAAAUGUUGUUGGGGACUUCAGAAAAAAACUGAAACAUCUUGCAACUAAAGUAAUUGGACUUGGAACGAAGAUUAAAAUUGUAAUUGGUAGAUAAUUACACGAAAUGCAGACAAGGAACAUUUUCAGUAGGAAAAAUAAUACUACACAUAUUGAUGUUGUUCACUUCAGUCUAUACACCUAAAAACCACCAACCAGAAACCAGAAUUCUGGGUGUAUUGAUGGACUCAGACCUUAACUUUAAGAAACACAUUAGGGGAAUU